AUGUCUUCAGAGUCUCAAGAACCGCCGCUCUCAUCAGAAGCGCAAAGCAAAAAGGCCGCCAAGAAGGAAGCCGCAAAGCAAGAGAAGCUCCGCCGCAAACAAGAACUUGCCGCCGCCACCGCCGCCGCAUCGAGUCUCUCGGUUGAAGAUGACCCCCUUGCCGUCAAUUACGGUUUCGUCCCGCUCAUUGAGAUCCAGUCAAAGACCUCUGUUGAUGUCAACGAGUGGACCCGAGUUGAGGCUCUUGAUGAUUCAGUAGCGAACAAACCGGUAAAAAUCCGGGGGAGGGCACAAACUAUUCGACCAGUGGGGAAGAAGAUGGCGUUUUUGGUCAUCAGAGAAAAUGGUUUCACUGUACAGUGUUUGGUUCAGGCACAACCUGAUGCAGUGAGUCCGCAGAUGGUGAAAUUUGCGGCUGCGCUCAGCCGUGAAUCUAUUGUCGAUGUCGAAGGUGUGGUUUCUAUUCCGGCAGCUCCUAUUAAAGGUGCCACACAACAGGUUGAAAUUCAAGUGAGCAAACUGUACUGUGUGAGUAAGGCCAUUCCUACUCUGCCGAUUAAUCUCGAGGAUGCUGCCCGAAGUGAAGUUGAAAUCGAGAAGGCCAUUCAGGCUGGUGAGCAACUUGUUCGUGUGAAUCAGGAUACACGAUUGAACUUUAGAGUACUUGACUUACGAACACCAGCUAAUCAAGGAAUUUUCCGCAUUCAGUCUCAAGUUGGAAAUGCGUUCCGACAAUUUUUAUUAGCUGAAAGUUUUGUUGAAAUCCACACUCCAAAGUUGAUUGCUGGAUCUAGUGAAGGUGGAGCUGCUGUCUUUAGACUGGACUACAAAGGGCAACCCGCAUGCCUGGCUCAGUCACCUCAGCUUCACAAGCAAAUGUCAAUAUGUGCUGACUUUGGCCGUGUUUUUGAGAUUGGUCCUGUGUUUAGAGCAGAAGAUUCCUUUACUCACAGACAUCUGUGCGAGUUUACAGGGCUUGAUGUUGAAAUGGAGAUUAAGAAGCAUUAUUUUGAGGUUAUGGAUGUAGUUGACAGAUUGUUUGUCACAUUAUUUGACAGUUUGAACACAAAUUGUAAGAAGGAUCUCGAAGCUGUUGCGAAUCAGUAUCCAUUUGAACCUUUAAAGUAUUUGAGAAAAACUCUGCGGCUUACGUAUGAAGAAGGUAUUCAGAUGCUCAAGGAAGUUGGAGUCGAAAUUGAGCCUUUUGGCGACUUAAAUACUGAAGCAGAAAGGAAACUAGGCCAACUAGUUUUAGAAAAGUAUGGAACAGAGUUCUAUAUUCUUCACCGGUAUCCUUUGGCUGUAAGGCCAUUUUAUACAAUGCCUUGCUAUGACAAUUCAAAUUACAGCAACUCGUUUGAUGUCUUUAUUCGUGGCGAGGAGAUAAUUUCAGGAGCUCAGCGUGUUCACGUGCCAGAAUUUUUAGAACAACGUGCCCAGGCUUGCGGUAUUGAGGUCAAAACAAUAUCUGCUUAUAUUGAUUCUUUCAGAUACGGUGCACCACCACAUGGUGGCUUUGGAGUAGGAUUGGAGCGUGUAGUAAUGCUCUUCUGUGGCCUGAAUAACAUUCGUAAAACAUCGCUUUAUCCACGCGACCCGCUCAGGAUUGCACCAUGA